AUGCAACCUCCAGAAAGUCCAAGUGAAGUGAAGUCCCUUCUUGGUAUGGCUCAAUAUGUUUCACGUUUCAUCCCUAACUACGCUGCCAUCACUGCCCCUCUACGUGCAUUGACCCAUCAGAAUUCUGUGUGGAAAUGGGACAAAGAAGAAGAAACUGCCUUUCGAAAGCUACAGGAUGAGCUAACCAGUGAUCGAGUUAUGUCCUACUUCGACCCAACAAAGCCCACCGAAGUACUGGUCGAUGCAAGGCCCAUGGGUCUAGCAGCUGUUCUAAUGCAAGAUGGAAAAGUCAUCAGUUACGGAAGUCGCGCGCUGUCCGGUGUCGAAUCGCGUUACUCCUAGACUGAACGAGAGAUGCUUGCAGUCGUCUGGGCAACUGAGCAUUAUCAUCUCUAUCUAUACGGUGCGAAGUUCACACUAAUAACUGAUCAUAAACCUCUUCUCGGAAUAUUCAAGAGCCACAGGCCUACCUCUCCUAGAAUCGACCGGUGGAAGCUGAGAUUAAUGCCUUACACUACGAGAUCAUAUACAGACCAGGAAAAGAUGAUGCUAAUCCUGCCGACUUCAUAAGCCGUCAUCCACAUAAAGCCACUCCAUUCCCGGAUAAUAUCGCUGAAAACUGUGUCAACUAUCUUUGCAACAACGUAAUUCCGAAAGCUAUGACGAUGUCAGAAGUGAAGAAAGAAACGGAGAACGAUUCCACCCUCCAAAAACUUUUGCAAGCAAUUAAAACAAGUAUUUGGUCUGAUCCAGAAAUCCAACCAUACACAAAUGUAAAAGACGAACUAUCCGAAUGUGACGGUAUACUCCUACGAGGAACACGUUUGGUUCUUCCACAAUCACUCCAGCAACAAGCUAUUGAGUUGGCUCAGGCAGGUCAUCAGGGAAUAGUAAAGACCAAGCGACUACUACGCGAGAAAGUUUGGUUCCCGUCGAUCGACAGAAUGGUUCAAGAGAGAAUAAAAAACUGUAUUCCGUGCCAAGCUGCAACACAAGGUACCAUGCCAAAACCAGAACCAUUGACUAGGGAUCCAAGGAUAGUGUGAAGUUUCAAAUUGAAAAAGAUUCUGCAAGAACUAUAUAGGGACGCUGACAACCUAGAAAAGCUGAUGUCUUACACUACGAAAUAAACAAUCACCAACGGCAUUUCAUCUCAUUAUAUAUAUUGCUUUUAAUGCGCUCGACACACGAGUAGCGUGACGUUUGAAACAAGCCUAACACAUCAGAAACGUGCUUUGUGAAACUGAUACAAUUUAUCUAUUUAUUGUGAUGCUACACGCGACAAUUCGAAAUUUCAAUUGCACCUGUCGCUAAAAGCAUCCGCACAAGGCUACUGCAAACUUAUAAUUGAAAUAGAUGUAUACGAUAUGUUAUAAAUAAUAAGCACUACGUCGUUACAUCAUUGAAAGGAAGCAUUUUAUCUUCAUCCGUUCCGUAUUUUUUCGCAUUUCCGUUCUGUGGUCCGCUCCAUCCGCUUCCGCAUUUUAACCUAAUUGUGACAUGUUUUACAAUAACAAGUCCGCAUUGACCUUUGACUUUUCCCAGUGCACGUUGUGUCUAUUUUUAACUUCUCGCAUGUUUUGAAUAAUGUCACUUUAGAUUUCAAUAGUUUCACAGUUAUAGCAGUGUUUAAAGCAGUUUUGACAAGCUUUGAUACAGUUCUGUGUACAGAAUACUACAGAUUAAUUCUCGUAAGAUCCGGUAGAGUUAACGUUGCACUGAACACGAAUUUGCACCGUUGACAACGGCGUUGUGCUAGACAGUAAACAAGGUCCGCGACAGUACACGUUGGCUACAUGUACCUCCUUGCUUUUUUCUUCCAUUGCAUAAAGCUUGUUGGUGAGCCAAACGAUUGGCGAUAACACGUUGGCGAUAACAUAUUGGCUAUCUCCUCGUCUUUCUUAUUAAAAUAAGGAGCUCUGACUCAACUGAUUUCCUUCGUCUCGCAAUAUUUUCUUCGUAAACGCCUGUACGAACGCCCGCUUCUGUUGAAUAGUUGGUGAUGCUUUAUUGAUCUGACGCAAUUUUUCGAUCUUUGACUGAGUGUACUAUUCUGUGAUGUGGCACCUUAUACAGUCAAAUAACAAUGUAAAAUGAAUACACGGUCUAAAUAAUAUCGUCUAUCGAUGGGCACUUAAUUGAACGCCGGUAACCAUACUCAUCGAUUUAUAUAUCAUAUUAUUGCGUAGAAUCAGUCAAAGAUUUUCUCAAUAUUCAUGUCUGAAAUGUUUAUAUAUUUGAAAAACAACACUGUCUCGCUUCUUCGUACAUACUGUACCCCUGUAUAAUGAGUAUACCGUGAAAAUAAUAUCAGCACUCAAUUGAAUGCCUAGAAUCUCAAAGAUUUUCGGCUCAAUAUUUACGUCUGAAAUGUUUAUACACUUGAGUCUUAAAUGCACUGUCUGGGCGGUGUAGCUCCUUCCUAGCUCUGUAUAAUGAAUAUACCGCCUAAAUAUUAUCGACACUUAUUAAUUGAACGGCCGUAAUGCAUAAGAUCAAUUUAUAUAUUGCGUAGAUUUUCAAAGAUUUACUCAAUAUUCACGUCUGAAAUGUUUAUACAUCUGAAAACAACACUGUCACUCCUUCCUAGCAUAUCGUCACGCCAUCGUGAUCUACGGCUUGAUAGCGCAUGCGCAUUUGCGCUACUAAAGAAAAAUCGGGUGUUCCGGGGUAAAGAUCCUCUACACAAAUGAGAAGCGAAUGUUCUAAAAUUUACAAAGAAUUACAAUAACGAAAGCGAUUGCUCGAAAUUUUUGUGAACUUGGUAAAAGGAUAACAGAAUAUGUAAAUAAGUUAACUGAAAUUGCCUAAAUAACCUUCAAAGUACUGACUAAGCACAAUAAAUCACUACGAACAUAAAUCGUACACGCCCCCCGGAAAGUUUACUGUAUGACUGAAUGACUGACUGACUGACUGUUUCGUUUGAAUUUUCCUCACCAUCACAAUACUGUGAAGUUUCGAAGAAACUUCACACUAAAAAUGACCCCACUACCAAAAGCACCAUGGAACGAAAUUGCUAUUGACUUCGAUGGUCCCUUUCCAUCGGGCGAAACACUACUUGUAGUCAUUGAUGAAUUCAGCAGAUUUCCGGAAGUCGAAAUCCUCCAUUCCACAACCGCAAACGCCGUCAUACCCAAACUCGAUGGUAUUUUCUCUAGACAAGGGAUACCCAAAGUCGUAAAAUCAGACAACGGCCCACCGUUCAAUAGCGCAGAAUUCGCAAACUUCGCCAGUUUCCUUGGUUUUCUACACAGAAAGGUUACGCCCUAUUGGCCCCUAGCUAAUGGUGAAGUCGAACGUUUUAUGCGAACACUCGAAAAAGCAAUCCGUACAGCCCAUUCAGAGAAAAAGAACUGGAAACGUAUUUCUACGCCAGUACCGUGCAACUCCAUAUAGCACCACCAACACAUCCCCAUCUGAAGCUCUAAAUAGCCGAAAACUGCAAACGCUUCUUCCCCAGCUCACCGAAGUUCCCAAUCCUGAAGCAGAUAAUUCCAUCCACGAAACGGACAGUGAGAAGAAAAGAAAGAUGAAGGAAUACGCUGACAAACGACGACGUUCUGAAACCAGCGAAAUAAAAGUAGGAGAUACAGUCCUAAUCCAACAACCGAAAGCAAACAAGUUGUCCACUCCUUUUAAUCCAAGUCCUUACAAGGUCGUAGCGAGAAAAGGAAGUAUGGUCACUACUGAACGUGAUUCUCAUAAAGUUACCCGCAACGUUUCGUUUUUCAAAAAAAUUAAAGCUACCUUCAUCCCGGAAGAUGCGACAGUCGAUGAAUCCGAUGAUCCAAUCCCACAUUCCCGACACAACUUGAAGCAACAAGUUGCACCACCACCUUCCAGAAGAUCUCAACGGAACAGACAACCUUCCAACAGACUGAGAUAUUAA